GAGGAGGGUGUGGGUUCAGGGGGAGAGGAGGGGAGGCUUUGCUUGGCCCCCCAACAAGGAAGGGACCCCUUCCCCAAACCCUGGCUCUUCCUCCGGAUCCGAACCCAGGGCCUCUUGGACAAAGAAGGAGACGAAGAAGAAGAAGAAAGAGAGGGAGAAGCUCGCCUUGGAUCUAUCUUUGCCCGGUUUCUCUCCAAGCCCCCCUUUUCCUCCUUUGAAUCUCUCCUCUUUUACCUUCCUUCCUUCUCUCCAAAUCCUGCUUUGGUCCCUGCAGAGGGAUCCCUUGCCAUCGCAGCUCCCUCGCAAGCCCUGCCUUUUGGCCAUUGCAAAUGCUGCUUUUGGGGCCAUUGCAAUCCCUCGCAUCCCUUUGAAGACUCCUUUUGGAAAAGACCCCCCCCCACUUUUCCUUCCAGAUUGCAAGCCCCCCAACUAUAAAUCCCUUGGGGUCUCUCUGGGGGGGUUCAGCCCCCCUUUUAGGAGGAGAUCUGGGGGGCUUCCAGGGGUCCAUACCGCUCCCUUGCCUCCCUCUUUUGGGGGGGCUGCCCUGGCUUGCUUUUGGGGCUCCCAGCUGAAGCCGGGGUCCUCCAUUUGCCCGGGAUUUUGCCAUGGCCAGGAACCACCGCCUUGGAGCCCUCCUCGCCUUCUUCCUCUGCUGCAUCUUCCUCUGCUUCGCUCAGGCCAAGGGAGUUCCCACCAGCUCCGAACCCCCUGAGACCUCCCAGCCUCCCGCAGCCGCCGUCCUUCCGGUGAGCUACCGCCUUUCCAACACCCGCCUGGCCUUCUUCCUCCGGGAGACACGGCAAUCUCCGCGCAGCAACGCUAGUGCUGGCCUCACGCGGUCGGAGCCCUUCGUCGUGUUCCAGACCAAGGAGCUCCCGGUCCUCAACAUCUCCUUGGGUCCGUUUGCCUCCGGCCAGGCCUUACCCAAGGAGCUCUUGCAGCCCUCCAGCACCCUGGAGGUGCCUGACCGCCUGACGGUGAACUGGAAAGUGCGGGCCUUUAUUGUCCGGACGCGGGUGCCAGCCAACCAGCCCACGGCCCAGGUGCUCUUCUACGUGGCCGGGCGCGACUGGGACGACUUUGACGCCACGGAGCAGCUGCCUUGCGUGCGGCUCCAUGCCUUCCGCGACGCCCGUGAGCUUCGGGCCUCUUGCCGCCUACGGAGCAGCCUGGCAUCCUGCUUGGCACAAGCGGAGCUCCCCCUGGCCUGGUUCGAGCCGUCCACUGUUCCUUUGGGGCGAAGGAAAGGACCGGAAGGGAUGGAGCCGGCUGGGGAUAUCCAACUGGUGGAACUCUAUUAUACCCUCCAUGCACCGGAUGGGAUGGGUGACUGUGGGAGUGAGCUGAUGGGGCGAAGGGGGGGCUCUGGGGCACGGACUGAGGGCCCCACGCAGCACCCGCUUCUCAGAAUUGGCAGCCUGAGGCUGGUCCAGCCGCCCCCAGCUCAGCCCUUCCAGGAGCAGCGCCUGGAUGAUAACCUCUUCGUCCGCCUGCCGGAGAGACCCCUCAAACCAGGCGAGGUGCUCAGCGUUGUCCUUUACUUAAUGGGCAACUCCACCGUGGAGCAGUUCACCCUCAGGGUGAAGGCCAAGAAAGGGGUGAACCUGCUCAUGACCAGACCCAGGCAUCCAAAAUGGCUGGUGAAUUCGGAGCUCCAGACGGGGAGCAAGCACUCCACGUCCAGCGUCGACGUGGCCUGGAUCGGCGGUGGGCAGACCAGGGAUGAGGAGUCGCCCUACGAGGUCAUGCAGCUGGACUUCGAAAUGGAGAACUUCACCAGCCAGUCGGUGACGCGGAGAAUCAUGUGGCACGUGGAUUACCGGGGCCGCAGUCCGCCGCCUGACCUGGAGAAGGCUGUGACCGAGCUGACCGUCAUCCAGAGGGACAUCCGGGCCAUUCUGCCCCUGGCUAUGGACACAGAGAUCAUCAAUACGGCCAUCUUGACCGGGCGGACGGUGGCCAUCCCCGUGAAGGUCAUUGCCAUCGAGAUGACGGGGGCCGUCUUGGAUGUUUCCGGAGCCGUGAAGUGCAAGUCUAGCAAUGAGGACAUCAUCAAGGUGUCCAACGGGUGCGACUAUGUCUUUGUGAGCGGCAAAGAGUCCAGGGGCUCCAUGAACGCCGGUGUCUCCUUCGGCUAUGAGCACCUGUCGGCCCUCCUAGAGAUGACCGUCUGGGUGCCCCGGCUCCCGCUGCACAUCGAACUGUCUGACCCUCGGCUGAGCCAAGUCAAGGGAUGGAGGGUCCCCAUCUUACCUGACCGGAGGUCAGUCCGGGAGAGCGAGGAUGACGAAGAGGAGGAAGAGCGGCGCCAGAGCCGAGGCUGCGCCCUCCAGUACCAACACGCCUCCCUGCAGGUCUUCACCCAGUUCCACACCACGUCCUCCGAGGGCACUGACCAGGUGGUCACCAUGCUGGGUCCCGAGUGGGCGGUGGAGGUCACGGACCUGGUCAGUGACUUCAUGAAGGUGGACGACGCCCGCGUGGCACGCCUGGUCGACAGCAACACCUUGGCCGGACGAGAGCCUGGCACCACCCUCUUCAAGGUGGUCUCUCCGCUCAUGGAGGCCGUUCUCGGGGAGACGCUGGUGACGGUGGCGGAUGAGAAGGUCAGCAUCACUGAACUGAAGGCCCAGGUCAUCUCCAACCUCUCCCUCUCCCUCCAUCCAAGCCCUGGAAACAGCCACACCAUCGUGGCCAAGACCACCGCCCAGCAGACCCUCAACUUCUCCAAGCAGGAGGCGUUCCUGAGCCUGUGGGUGUCCUACAGCGAUGGCACCACAUCCCCGCUCUCCUUGUAUGACCCGAAGGACUACACACUGGUGGUGACCAGCCAGGACCAGGCGGUGGUGUCAGUGGUACCAGAUGCAGCCUUCCCACUGGUCAAGGCCGAAGGCGAGGGGGCAGGCGAGCUGGUCAAGGCCGAGCUGAUGAUCUGUGAGGUCUGCCAGAAGACCAAGCGCAAGAGUGUCCUGGCCACCGCUUUGGCCGGCAUCCGCGUCCACUUCACCUCCGAGGAGGAGCCCACGUAUGACUACGAACCCGUCCAAACGCCAAGCAGACCCGGGCGAGAGAGAGGUGCCCCCGGGACCACGCCUCGAGUGGAAGUGGAGUGGCGCCUGGUGCCCAGCCAGGAGAGCCGGGUGCCCAGUGUUGUCCUCCCGACGGAGGAUUUCCCCACCAUCCCCACGGGGUACGUCCAGGUGCCUCGGGGGCUGACGGAUUUGGAGAUUGGUAUGUACGCCCUCCUGGGCGUCUUCUGUCUGGCCAUCUUGGUUUUCCUCAUCAACUGCAUUGUCUUUGUGCUCAAAUACCGGCACAAACGGAUCCCGCCGGAAGGGCAGACCAACAUGGAGCAUUCCCACCACUGGGUCUUCCUGGGCAACGGACAACCCUUGCGUGCCCAGAAUGACCUCUCCCCUCCGCCCGAGAGCCUUGGCAACCCGCUGGAGAACGUCCAGACUUGCUGCCACGGGGACCAUCACAGCAGCGGCGGCUCCUCGCAAACCAGCGUCCAGAGCCAGGUUCACGGACGCGGUGACGGCUCCUCGGGGGGCUCCACCAGGGACCAGAGCGAGGACCCCCUCAACUCGCCCACCUCCAAGCGCAAGCGAGUCAAGUUCACCACCUUCGCCACCAUGCCCUCCGAGGAGUUGGCAUACAACUCCAUCCCCAUCGCGGACGAGGAGGACUUGGAGUGGGUCUGCCAAGACAUGGGUCUCCAGGACCCCGAGGAGCUUCACAACUACAUCCACAGGAUGAAGGAGGUGGCGUAAUGGGUCAGAGGAGACGACGCGUAUGGGCCAAGUGGAGAGCGGAGCCCAAAGUCCGGGGCUCUCCUUCUGGGAUUUGAUUGUGGUGCCUCCUUCUGGCCUCCUUCUCCAUGGACAAGCUUGACUGGAGGCCCCUAAAGAGGAUGCCCCGAUGUCGGAUGGGGUGAAGCCUUUGGGCUUGGAGGGAGAGCAGUCUAUGGCCCGGCCCCCAUGAUGGCCAAACUGGGCCUGUGGAUGCUGAGCAUUACAAGCGGGUGUGGCUGGCACCGUUGAGUAUGCUAGGAGAUCCCGAGCCAUCUGUGUGGCAUUUGAGCCGGAGUGCAGAAUACGUCUUUGCACCUGGUUGGGAAUGUUACUCUUUGCCUUCCCAGAAAUCCACCGCUGCCUUUGCCACCUGUCUCUGGGAGGCAAACCUUGGGUUCCUCGGCUGUCGUUGGUCUUAUUUUUCUAAGCAUUUCUUUCUUGCACAAUAAAUGUUGACUCUUGGGAAAAACGAACACCAUUCAGGGAUUGGGUCCGAUCUGCAUGGAAUAAGCCUCCUGCUUGGGGUGGGCAUGGGAAAGAGAGGACUGAAGCGAGGACAGGAGACUGACCCCGGACUGUGGAUCCCGUUGGGCAUCUUAAACUCACUGUCAGCCCAUGGGGAGAGGCAGUUGGGGGGCACAAUGUGGGUCCCCUUUGCCCCUUCCCCUCUCUAGUGCCUAUGCUGCCCUCCUCAAGGUCCCGGUCCCGAUUCUUCCACGGUUGGGAUUGUUUACCUGAUAUGCAACUGGGCUUCCUAGAGAGCAAGAGCGGGUGGUGGGCGAAGGAGCAGAGACGCCAAAUUCCCCUCCCUGCCCCAAAUCCUUGGGUUCUUUGAGAGGAACACGCUCCCGUUUCUGGCUUGUUUGCGCUCGAAGGCCCAGAGAAUUGGCCACCAUGCCAUGUCCCCUCCUCUGGGUUUCAAAAAUGCUGCUAGUCCCUAGUGAGGUCUCACAGAGGCGGCUGUCUCCACACUGUGAGCAUUCCCCUUCUUGGACUUGGGGCCAGAGAGACUUUGGGGUCAGGCUUCGGACGAAGAGCCGAACGGAAGGAGAAGACGCAGCAGUGGUCUUGUUUGUGGUCAAGUGUACAAGGGGACAACUGGAGUUCACUCUUUUGUAUUAAAAGGAAAAAAAUUAC